GUUCGACGUUCCUCCAAGCAUUAUAUGUCUUGUACCCCAUUGUCUUUUGCCAGAGCGUCAAAACCGCGUAUCCGUAGUCUCCAGACGCGUCGCCCAUUGACUUCUCCCCUAUCAGCUCCCCGUCUCGUCCCAAGACCGCAAAUCAAACAUCACCAUAUCGAGCAACAGCUCUCCGCAUACCUCCAACACCACCGCCCUUCUACUCGCUCACCAACAACAUCCAAUAUGGCCUUCCUCCUCCCCGGUCUCCGCCGUGGUCUCAUGCUCUCCACGCCCCUGAUUCUUAGCACACCUCUCCUCGUCUACCAAUUCCGCCACGCCCGGCCCAUUCUGUGUGACUCGUCCCCCGCCCUCGCAAAGGCCGGCAAUUUCUUAGACACAUACACCCACGAUGCCAAGACACCCCUCAUCACUCAAUCCGGGGCGGCGAACCCACGGGCUAUACGACAAAUCAGCAUGGGGAGUAUCUUUGGAGUACUGGGCGGAUUGGGAGUCAGCCUGUUCAGCAAGCCAUUGGCGGUUUUGAUUGGGUUGGGCGUCAUUCUUGUGCAGUUCAUCGAGUCUAAAGGCAUUCAUAUCAUCCCAACAUCGUUCCUGCAAAACCGCUUCAAGAGCAUGAACGUCCGGUCCAUGGUGCAGGACAAUGUAGCCUUCAAAAUGUCCUUCGGAUUGACAUUCAUGUUGGCAGCAUUUGCGGAGUUCUAGGUCGACUAUGUCAAGGUUUGUGAUGUUACUUCACGGUCAGAAAGGAUGGAGACCCGCAGUAUGGUAUGGGCUCCUAGCCAAACCUGUGCGCAGGAUGGACCAUCAUCUGUGGUUGCAACUGCAUCUGCAACUGCUUGCAGCUCUGCCAGAAGGUCUUGACAGCUUCUUUGAAGGCCAUCGAGUUCUUCACGUACCUUGUCAAGCU